CGCUUUGCCUUUCUCGCCCUACUUGUCUUCGCCGCUCUGUCCUUUCUCUUCCUCGGACCCUACAAAGCACAAUUGCCGAGCGCAUCGUCGAUACUACACAACGGACAGCAGCAGAGCCGCUUUAGCGGAGACAGCCAGGCUCUCUUGACAGGACACGCGAUUGCGCCCAAGCUAGGGAAUGCGACAGCCAAAGCAGAGCUAGGCCGCGCGGCCUGGAAACUCCUGCACACCAACUUCGCGCGUUUCCCCGAGAAGCCCACCGACGAGGAAAAGGAAGCAUUGCGGCAGUACGUGCACCUUUUCCAGCGACUCUACCCUUGCGGAGAGUGCGCUGAGCACUUCGGUCAGGUGCUCAAGAAGUACCCGCCGCAGGUGUCGUCACAGAAGGCUGCAGCGCAGUGGGGCUGCUUUGUACACAAUGUCGUCAACAAGCGGUUGAAGAAGCCCGAAUUUGACUGCGAGGAGAUAGCGAAGCACUACGACUGUGGCUGCGCGGACGAC